CUGCAGUCUUGCUAUUCUUGCUACAGUGUUCCGAGUGUGCAUACAAAAUUGCACAUUCAAAAACGCGACGAUAUUUUGUAUACACAUUAGGCGGUUACACACGGACGUGGAUGUCUUAAUACAUAUACGUGCAUACAUCAACGUGCAGACAACAACGUGCAUGGCGCUUUUGUACAGACGCUCGCACAAAACUGCAGUCUUGCUAUUCUUGCUACAGUAUUCCGAGUGUGCAUACAAAAUUGCACAUUCAAAAACGCGACGGUAUUUUGCAUACACAUUGAUGUUUUUGUUUGCGCGUUCACGUAUGUGCGUACAUGUUUUCAGACAUCCACGUCCGUGUGUAACCGCCUCUUCUGACCUGGCCCAUGGGGGUUGUCAUCACAUCACAACAACCAAUCGCGUUUUUGAAUGUGCAAUUUUGUUUGCACAUUCGGAAUACUGUAGGAAGAAUAGCAAGACUGCAGUUUUGUGCGAGGGUCUGUACAAAAGCGCCAUGCACGUUGUUGUUUGCACGUUGAUGUAUGCACGUAUAUGCGUUAAGACAUCCACGUCCGUGUGUAACCGCCCAUUGAUGUUUUUGUUUGCACGUUCAUGUAUGCGCGUACAUGUUUUCAGACAUCCACGUCCGUGUGUAACCGCCUCUUCUGGCCUGGCCCAUGGGGGUUGUCAUCACAUCACAACAACCAUCAGUUUACGAAGAUGCGUUGUCUAUCUAUGUUAAGAUAUCAUUGGGCAUUCCCAAAAAUCCCAAGGCUACUUGGCUCCAAUCGGCAAUCUGAAACGCCACCGCAUUGGAUGAGGUCAAGGAAAAAUCCUGAAGUACUCUAGAGUAGUCCGGAGUACUCCUACAGCGGAACUGGCGGCGGCGGAAACGGCUCUAUCCCUGACCGGCAAUUUUAACCUCACUGUUUUGUUUGUAUUUAUUUAUUUUAUUUGAAUGUUUUGUUUACUUAACUUGUGUUUUCGUUUUGUAACUCUGUACACAGUUUAAUGUGUACAGGUUUGGUUUAACGAUUUCAAUUUUUACAUCAUCAUUAAUCAUGUUAAUCAAAAUACAUCACGAAUUCACAAACAAACAACUUUUGAGCCAUGGGAUCCUUGGAUGUUGCAAAAGAACUGACCACAGAUAUUUCUAAGAAGAUAUUCAAACUUAAACCUCCAGACAGUAAUGGCUUAUUAUUAAACAUUCUUACCUCCAACAACAAGAAAGCCGUAAGAUUCCUACACUGCAGCUUUCAAAAUAACGGCAACAUUCUAGCCCUAGCGAGUAACGAUGAACAAAUUUAUAUCAUAGAUUUCCUGAUGGGAAAAUUCUGGAAACUGAAAAAACUUGACUCACGCACUUAUAUCAAGUUUUCAGAAUGCAACGACAGUCAGCUUUUGGUUGGAAAAUCCAAUGGAGUACUGGAAAUAUUACACAUAGACUCAGGAAAUGUUUUAGCUAAGCUUUUAGGGCACUUGCAUUCAGUUGUUUCGAUAUCUUUUACACAGAAUAAUAGGUGUCUGUCGUCAUCUAAAUAUGAAGCUAUUAUUUGGGAUUUGUUUAGUUAUACUAAACUGCAAGUUUUGUCAUUGGAAGUGGAGUGUGUACUCAAAUUUGUUUUAUUUGUUCCAGUAUCAAAUCAUAUUCUUGUAUGUUACAACGACGAUAUUAUUCAAAUAUGGCAACACAGUAGCUUUGAAAAUCUGAAACAGUUUCACCCGUCUAACUGGAGAAAUCAUUCAGUCAGAUCUCUGAGCUUCACUAAAAAUGGCAAAAUAAUGGCUGUAAGUGGCUUCCAGCCAAUUCUAGCCAUAUUCCAACUAGAUAUUUGGAAAUUGCUGAAAAUAAUUAAUCUACCAGAAUACAUAAAUUCUGUAAGAAAAAUACAAUUUAUUUCCCAGCAUUUUGACGGCGGAUGUAAUAAAUUGAUAGCUAUUCUAUCUGGAAAUGGAAUUAUAUAUUUUUACAAUGUAGAAGAGAACUUUCUGAUAUCAAAACUAAACACAAAAGGUGAAAUAGUUAGCUUCAGCAUUCCUCAUGGACAUAUACAGUACAUUUCAUGUUUAUUGUGUACUGGUGAAGUGGAAGUUUACGAUAUGAACUUUUAUUUGAUGAAAAAUCAAGAAUUGACUAUUGUUAAAGCACAAGAUAGUACGUCCAAAGUGAGAUUGAGAAAUUUUUGUAGGAAAGACACGACGACCAAAUUAAGGAUAGAAAAUAUUCUAGAAAUCGACAAACUCAAAUCCAUAAUCCAAGAAUAUCGAGAGUUCCCAGAAGCUUACCGUUCAAUAAUUUGGGAGAAAAUCUUGAAACUACCCAAUAAUCGUAAACAAUAUAAUACCAUAGUAAAUCACAUGGGUAUUGUGGCUUUUGACAAUUUACAACAACAGUUUCCACUCGAAGAUAAGGUUACUAUAAGAUGUUUAAGGCACGUUUUGAAUAAUAUUGUCACUUGGUGUCCGUUUUUUGCUGAAGUUGACUACCUGCCAUGCUUUCUGUUUCCAUUUGUGAAAGUUUUCCAUAAAAAACCUGUUUCUUGUUUUGAGCUCUGCUGUACCAUCAUUAUUAAUUGGUGUCAGCAUUGGUUUGAGUACCACCCCUUGCCACCAGUCAAUAUUUUAGCCAUGAUAGACAAUAUGCUAAUGGAACACGAUGCUUUGCUACUUCAGCAUUUUUCCUUGCACAAAAUCAAACCAAUUUUAUAUUCCUGGUCUUUAUUGGAAACGGCAUUUUCUGAAUUGCUCACUACACAAGGUUGGCUUAUGUUUUGGGAUCAUGUUUUUAUUAACGAACCAGCCUUUUUGUUAUGUGCAGUAAUAGCUUAUUUGAUGCUCCAGAGGAAGCAAUUGCUAGUAUUAACAAAAGCAGAGGAUUUUCUUCAUUUUUUCUACUCUCAGAGACCAUUGGAUACAAAAACGUUAAUCACGAAAACCUAUCAUAUUUUGAACCAUACCAGCUCUAGCAACCAUCCUAGACAAUACCUAAGUAUGUUUACGUGUUUAACUUGUGGUAGUUAUCCAAUAUUUGAUGAAUAUCCAAAAGAAGUUGUAAACUUUCAAGUGGAACACAUGAACCAUUUAGAUCAUCAAUUGAAGGAAACUAAAAGCCUUAGAGAAACUAUUUUAAGAGAAAAAGGAAAACAAACAAGAUUGAAUGAGAUGGCUGUGAAAAAUGAGGAAGAUAGAAGAAUGAUUGAAGUUGAAAAAGCUGCAAUUCAAAAAAUUAAAAGCUAUCAACAAAAUUUACUUAACCAACAAGAAGAAUUGAAAGCGAUGAGACAAGAGUUGAUAGACCAAGAAGAAGCUAUUAUAGAAAAUACACAAAAAAUGUAUAGAGGGGACAUUAGAAAUGCUGGAAAUAUGGAAAUAUUGACAAAUGGCAUUGAUGUGAGCGGGAAAAACAACAAAAUAGACAUAAACAAUUUGCAAGAAGCCUACAAACUGGAGCAGUUGGAUUUACUAAGAAAAAAUCAGAAUUUAAAACUGGACCGCACUUCCCAUAUCCUCAGUCCAGACUUUACUGAUCAGCUGUCUUCAGCUCACAAAAAGACUAUGGACUUGAAGGAGAUGAUUAAGAAUGCCAAAAUUGGACUAGAACCGCCUAGAAAAGCGGAUGUUGUUUUGACAAUUGCCGCAACAAACGAGCUAAUUGAUAAAAUUAAACUUGAAUUGGAAAAUGAAAGGUUUUUGGACAAACAUGAUGACACGAGAGAGAACAUGAAGGUGAAACAGCUAGAAAAGGAAACUGAAGGUUUGCAGAAGGAAAUUUCGCAGCUAUUGAGAGUUUUAUCAGAAAAACGUAGUGAAGAAGUAUUACCUGCAUAUUCUAGUGCAUCAAAUGGCGUUGGUCCUAAUAAAACAGUCAGAUUUUCCAAGAAAACUAAACGCUAAAAUGUGCUAUACAAUUAUCAAAGGCGACAGGGUAGAUUUUGUGAUAAUUUUGGAAUUCCUAUGGAGGUUUCUAAGUUGUUCGUUUGGCCAAAUUGCUGUUACAUUGGUAAGCGACAUGGUUACAACCGAAGCAGACAAAUUAUUAAAUACUUGCUACAAGCUUCAAAAUAAAUUUGACCAUCAAUCCUAUCAGUACCAAGAAUUGCAAUCGCUUGUUUCCCAUAUUGCAAACACUGGAAUACGUUUUACAGCUGCAGAUUUUUUUGAAAUUAAACUGUCAACCCUCCUAUCGGCGUUUUUGACUUCAACCACUUACUUUGUGGCACUAGUGCAGUUUUAUCAGAUAUAGAAGUACCCGAGGAAGUACCUAAUUACAUAUUGAUAACUGUUUUAUCUAGAAAUGUUACCACUAGGGCUCUUUUACGCUGGAGAGUGCGCACUCUUCAGUUAAAUUCCACGCGAUUGCGAAAAACGCGUAUAUCGUACCAAUCACAGAAGAAUUCUGAAUGUUUAGAAAAUCAUAGUAUCAGGCGCAUAAUAUUGGAUUCAUCUUUUUACAACUUGGCGAAAAAAAUAUGGUCACUCUGCAGUUCUCAUACUCCCUCACGUUCUAUAGAAAAAUGAGAAUCCACUGGAAAGAUUUUCAAAUACUGGUAGGAUGUUGAUCAUGACCUCGUUCUAUAUGACUUACAACUGUGGAAUAUGAUUUGCUCAAAUGAUUUGCAGUACGACUAAAGCAGCCGAAUUGUUUAUAUUAAUUACUUUAUACAAAAAUUCAAUGAGAUGCAGACACUAUAGAAGUUUAACAGCCGUAUUCAUAGUCAAUUGCAGCGAGUCGCCAGGGAUUCGCCGUGUGCUGGGCCAAAUACAGCGACUCGCUGGCGAUUGACUAUGAAUACGGCUGUAAGUGUUGCAACUAACAAAUUUAAUUGGUGCUGAAAGUAGUUCUAGUUACAUAAUACUAAAAUUAACUCAGCGUUGCAAAUAAAUGUUUUUGUCCUUAAAAUAACUAUUUUAUUCGUUACCCUUUUUGCCACGUGUAGAAUCUCUAUUUAGGUUCUGGUAACUUGAUGGAUCAAGGAGUUAUUGUAUUUUUCGUUUCUAUAAUAUUCAGUAUUAAUAAGGAAGGGUCUUCAAUUGCCAUUAGUUCUUCCGAAAGAUUACUGGUGAGAG